CAGACAAGAUUGGGGGUCAGGAAUUCGCUUGUCACGUGACACCUGGAACGUAAACGCUCAUCACAUGACUUUGACUUUCAUUUGCCAACAUGGCGGCGGGCGGCUGUCGGCUCCUUUCGCUCCUUUUGCUACUCUGCGAAAUUUGUUUGAGUUUGCCAGUCGACCGCAAGGAAAAUCUACGCGAGGACAAAUGCGGCUAUCAGUCCUGUCACGCUACAAAGGCGUCCAUGCUGAACGUCCACCUGGUUCCGCACACGCACGACGACGUGGGCUGGCUCAAGACCGUGGACCAGUACUUCUACGGAGACCGUAACGACAUCCAGCACGCCGGCGUGCAGUACAUCCUGGACUCUGUGGUAGAAGAACUGAGGAAGAACCCCAACCGAAGGUUCAUCUACGUGGAGACCGCCUUCUUCUACCGUUGGUGGCGUCGCCAGAGCUCCGACAUGCAACGGACGGUCAAGCAGCUGGUCAACCAAGGCCGACUGGAGUUCGUCAACGGCGGCUGGUGCAUGAGCGACGAGGCCACCACCCACUACAGCGCCGUUGUGGACCAGAUGACCAUGGGCCUCCGGUUUCUCAACCAGACCUUCGGGCCUUGUGGUCGGCCCCGGGUGGCCUGGCACAUUGAUCCCUUUGGACACGCCCGAGAGCACGCCUCCAUGUUUGCGCAGAUGGGUUACGAUGGCUUUUUCUUCGGGCGAGUGGACUACCAGGACCGGACCCGGCGGAUGCGGGCCAAAGAACAGGAGCUUCUGUGGAGGGCAUCUGACAGCAUCAGCCCACCGUUGGCCGACCUCUUCACCGGGAUCCUUCCCAAUGGGUAUAACCCACCCGAGGGCUUCUGCUGGGACCAGUCCUGCGACGAUCCACCCAUCAAGGAUGAUCCCGACCUGGAGGACUACAACGUGAAUGACGUGGUGGAACGCUUCCUCAACGUUGCAAAAAAUCAGUCUCUGGCGUACAAGUCCGAUCACAUCAUCAUGACCAUGGGCUCGGACUUCCAGUACGAGAACGCCAACCUGUGGUACAAGAACCUGGACAAGUUGAUCCGCUACGUCAACGCCCGGCAGUCCGACGGAAGCCGCGUCAACGUCCUCUACUCCACGCCCUCCUGUUACCUCCAAGAGCUCCAUCGGGCCAACCUCUCCUGGGCCCUCAAGACCGAUGACUUCUUUCCGUAUGCGGACGACGCCCACGACUUCUGGACGGGUUACUUCAGCAGUAGGCCGGCCCUGAAACGCUACGAGAGGCUCAGCAACAGCAACCUGCAGACCUGUAACCAGCUGGAGGUUCUCGGCGGCCAGGCUUCCACUAGCGGACCCUUCGGCCAGGGCGACAGCCUGACCUUGAAGAGAGCCAUGGCGGUAGCUCAGCACCACGACGCCGUGUCAGGAACCGAAAAGCAGCACGUCGCCAACGAUUACGCCCGGAGACUUGCCAACGGCUGGCAACGUUGUCAGGUUGUGGUCAGCAACAGUCUCGCCGCUUUGACUGGCUCCACUGCUGAGCGGGUGUACUGCAACAGCCUCAACAUCAGCGUGUGUCCCAUCACCGAGUCCAGCAAAAAGUUCUCCGUGAACGUCUUCAACCCCCUGGCUCGGCCCGUCUCCUGGCCCGUCAGGCUUCCGGUCAACGGCACAAGGUAUGCGGUGGCUGACGCUAACGGCAAGGCUGUGGACUGCGAGGUGAUUCCCAUCUCGGGGUCCACGAGGGACGUGAGGAGGAACCGCGGCUUCGCCGUCAACGAGCUCCUCUUCCGGGUCCGAGCCCCGCCGCUGGGCUUCAGUACCUACUCGGUGUCCCUGCUCCAGGACGGGCCUCCGCUGGCCUCUACGAGCUACCAUGUGCCCAAAUCCAUCUGGAACAAGUAUCUACGCGUGACCUUUGACCCAACGACGGGCCUCCUGAGCCGCCUGGACAACUUGGAGACCAAACAGAGCAUCAGCCUGACACAAAACUUCUACUGGUACAACGCCAGCGACGGAAACAACGCAAACAGCAAACAGCCCUCAGGGGCGUACAUCUUCCGACCCAACUCCUCCACGCCGUUUGUCAUCAGCAAGACGGCCAAGACGGAGACGAUACAGACGUCAGUGAUGCAGGAGGUGAGGCAGCGGUUCUCCCCGUGGGCGUCUCAGGUGGUUCGUCUCCAUACCGACAGCCGAGUUCUAGAACUCGAGUGGACCGUGGGCCCGAUUCCCAUCGACGACGACUUGGGCAAGGAGGUGAUCACUCGCUUGGACACGGAUAUCAAGUCUUCGGGAAUCUUUUUCACCGACUCCAACGGGAGAGAAGUUCUGCAGAGGAAGAAAGACUUUCGACCCACUUGGAACCUGAAACAGUCAGAGCCCAUCGCCGGGAACUACUACCCGAUCAACUCCCGUGCCUUCAUCAAGGAUGACAAGGACCAACUCACUGUGGUGACGGAUCGCUCUCAGGGUGGAGGCAGCAUCCAAAACGGCUCCCUGGAGAUCAUGCUCCACCGCCGGCUGUUGUACGACGACGUCCGCGGCGUGGCCGAACCCCUCAACGAGACUUCCGACGUCUUCCCAGAGGGUCUGGUUGUGCGCGGCCGCCUGCUGCUCUCCCUGAGCCACCCGGCCAGCGCCGCCGACGUGCACCGCCCCCUAGCCGAGGAGGUGGUACUGCAGCCGCUGCUCACUUUUACUGAGGGCCACCUGCACCCAAAUACGAGACUGGAGUUCUCAGGACUACAGGCUGCACUGCCCCCUGCUGUCCAUCUCCUAACACUGAGCCAGUGGGACGACAAGUCGGUCCUGCUCAGGUUGGAGCAUCAGUUCCAGAGCUGGGAAAGCAAAGCCAACUCGCAACCGGUCACGGUCAACCUGCAGAAGCUGUUUUCCACUCUGGAGGUGACGGGCGUGUCCGAACUCAACCUGUCAGCUAAUCAGUGGAAAGAAGAGAUGAAGCGUUUCGAUUGGAGAUCGCAGACUGUUGAAAAGCAGAUGAAAAAGUCAUUGGAGGACCCCUCCAUGUGGGAGGUCACCUUGCGCCCGAUGGAAAUCCGAACCUUCCUGCUCAGAGCGAAUCUCAGAUAGCCAAUCCAGCUUGGUCAAGAUGAAAACGUGGCGGCCAUUCUCCAGCAACUCCUGAGCCACAAAACUGGGG